AUGCCUAGCUUCGGCGCCUGUGCCCACGCGCUGCGCGCCCGCCCGACCAGCGCCCUGCGCCUGCUGAAGUCCAUGGCCGCGGCGCGGCUCGCCGCGGACGCGGCGACGCACAGCGCCGUGGCCACGGCCUGCGAGCGCGGCUUCCGGUGGCAGGUGGCUCUGGACCUGCUCUCCACGGUUCCGCUGGACCAGAUCGCGCAUGGGACUUUACUAAGCGCGUUGGCCAGAGGCGCAUGUUGGCUGCAAGCCAUCGGCAUUUGGCAAUCGCUGGGCUGCAUGGGUGCUGAGAGCUUGGUGCUGACGGGGGCGGUCAUCACUGCCUGCGAGCGAGGGCAUCAUUGGGCUGGUGCUCUCGCUGUGUUCAAUCGGAUGUUGGAGGAGGGGCCACGCCCGGACACGGUCAUCACCGACUCGGUACUCCGCGCCUCCAGCAGAGGCCUUGCCUGGGAAGCGGGUCUCAGCCUGUUUUCUGCGAUGCCCUCCUUGCGCCUAGAGUUGGGUGCUAUGGGCUACAGCGCCGCCGUGUUGGCCCUGGGCUGCGGCAAGCAGUGGGGGCCGGCGCUGGAAUUGCUGGAGGAGAUGCAUCACGCUCGCCUGGCCGCGGACGUGUCUGCUCUUUCCACCGGCCUGGGCGAGGCGGAGCAACGCGGGCUGCAGGACGCGGAGCUGCGGUUGCUGGGCAGCCUGCGGUUUGCAGUGCCAGGACGGCUGGGACCCACCGGGACCCGGCGCUUUUUGGUCACCAUGUGA